GACGUUUUCGCAAAACAGGCAACGCUUUGCCACGUCGGUCUCUGUGUGCUACUAGUGACUGUAGCUAGCUAGUGUUGCACUGCAAACAGACUCGUUUUUAACCGUAUGUUUAUUGUUGGAGGUAAACCGAUAUAACGUUCUGUGUGUUUAUAAGUAGCACACAACCCCCUCCCCGCUAAAGCCUAGGAAUAUAUUAAUUUUUAAGACGAGAGAAAUGUUCGCUACUAUCUCGGCUUGCCAACCCACAAUUGACUGAUGCAUCCGUGUCCACACCAUCCGCUUUUUGUCGAUGUGUGAGUAUUCUGUUUUAUUCCUGCACGAGUAGCUCAUUAGCUAGCAGUGUUUGUAUACAAUGCAUCAAAUCCAACAUAAUGUAACUAACGUUACCUAGGCUACAUAACUUCCCCAUUUGAAAUGAUGAAUCCUGUAAAUGCUCUCGUUUCUUUCCUCUAUAAUAACAAAUGACAGUUCGAUCAUGUCCAAUAACACAAUAACUAGCUAGCUUGACUAUGUUACUGGAAAUAACUAGCUAGUUACAAAUUGCUUAUACAUACCCAGCUAAAUGUGUAGUAACUACAGUAUGUGUUUAACUAGCUAGCUACUUGUCUUGAAAAUACAACUUUUCAACUUCUAUGAGAAUGUUUAAUCUUCUAGAAUGUUCUGCUAGUUAUAAAGUAGUUAGAAGUUCGAUUUUCUGCCAUUGGGAAUAUUGCACUCGCAAUACAAGUGUCAGACUUGUGGAACAGUUGCCUAUAAUAUUGGAACCGUUUCCAUUCUAUCAACCACAGAUUUAAGCCGUUACUUUAUUGCGCAUGCCUUCUGAUCUGGGCAAUUUCCGCAUUUUGCUGUUGAAAAACUUCAGUUUCGAUACAACACUACAGUACAGUCAUGCUUAAGAAAGUGUUGCCUGAGAACAGUAGCUAGCUAUGUUUGCAGAUAGGCUACUGCUACUCCAGUCUGACGCAAGCAUGGAUAAGUUGGGAUAUUUUUAUAACCAUUAUCACUCAUCAUCACCUGAAACAUUAGUACGUGGAAGAACAGCCUAGCGAGUCUUACGUUGACUGGCAGUGCGGCACCUUUGCAACCCUUCCCUUGCUCCUCCAGUAAUCAAGGUAUGGUGUAUAGGACUAGCUAGUUAACUUUAUUUUGUGGUUGUGGGCAUUGUGUGUCUCUCACGACUCCUUUGUGUUCAGUCUCCCUUAAUGGAAUGGCUGUGUGUGUGUGGGCUGUUCCGGAAAACUAUACAUUAGCCUAUGUCCAGCUACUAGGAAGCUCCCCCAUUGUCCAUUCAUUUACACACACACACACAGGGAUUGGGAUAACCUGGUUUGGUUAUCUCUUGUUCUGUCACCGUGGCCUGUACAGUAGCUAAAGUGUUGUCUUUCACCUGGCUGCCAUUGUAAGGUGUGUGUGAUGACUGUGUGUCUGUCUGUGUGUGAUGCCUGUCGCUCUGUGUGUUAUGCCUGUCGCUCUGUGUGUGAUGCCUGUGUCUGUGUGUGAUGCCUGUUGCUGCUGUGUGUGUAUGCUGUUGUGUGAUGCCUGUCUGUCUGUGUGUUAUGCCUGUCGGUCUGUGUGUGAUGCCUGUCUGUCUGUGUGUGAUGCCUGUCUGUCUGUGUGUGAUGCCUGUCUGUCUGUGUGUGAUGCCUGUCUGUCUGUGUGUGAUGCCUGUCUGUCUGUGUGUGAUGCCUGUCUGUCUGUGUGUGAUGCCUGUCUGUCUGUGUGUGAUGCCUGUCGCUCUGUGUGUUAUGCCUGUCUGUGUGAUGCCUGUCUGUGUGAUGCCUGUCUGUCUGUGUAAUGUGUGGUGUCUGUCUGUGUGAUGUCUGUCUGUGAUCAGUCUGAGGAUGUAGUCUUAUGUAAUGUUGCAUGACCCUGGGUGCUUGACUAUGGUGAUGAUGUUGUCCUACCAGUAACCUAGCCCAGGACUAAACCUAUUCACCUACCUCUGUUCUAUUGACUCUGUCCUAGUCUUGCCUUUUGUUGACGCCGUCUUCCCCAGGUCUGCGUUCAGUAGGACACGAUGUUCUGGAAGGUUUAGAUAGAAAUACAUUGUUUAUCCUACGUCAUAUCAUCCUACGUGCCUCUCCGACGAGUAGAGUAGCGACUCAUUCAUGGCAUGUUUUUUUCAGGAGGCGUCUAUCUGCAACGUGUGUUUACACAUUUUGUCCUCUAUUGAGGCUGUUCUUUAUUGAACCUGGGUUGUGUUCAUUAAGGCACAAGCCAUAACAAAAUGUGUUGUAACGGAAAACCGAAACAGCCAUUUCAUAUUGCAGAAGUUCAGAUGGUAUUCUACCUCCCUGUUUUCACUCCGUUUUCUAACGUGUUGUGCCUAAUGACCAUGACCCUGACGUUGUUUUCUCUCUGUCGGUCUCUCCAGUGGCCUGGCUGUGAGGUGGUGCUGGUCUCUGGGUCUAGGUGGAGAGGCAGUAGCAGGGGGUGUUGAGGUGGUGCCUGGCCAUGCCCGGGGGCCGCAGGGGGCCAAGUAGACAACAGCUGAGCCGCUCUGCUCUGCCCUCCCUCCAGACUCUGGUGGGGGGCAGCCUCAGCAACGGCAACGGACUCAGGAACAGGUGAGGAUACACACACACACAGGUACUGUCCACAGCCCUAACACACACAGACACACACACAGAAUGGGCUACAGUACUACAACAAGCAGCCCUAACCCCCCUCCCCCCAAACACAAACAGACCUACUUUAUUUAUUGUCACAAGCCUUAUUCCAUAGGAAAUGAAAUGUGUAGGCCUUAGGCUACUUUAUCAGACUGUCUUUUUAAAAUGUUACUGUCUGCAUCUACCAUGAGACGGUCAUAUCUUCUUUUACCAUGAGACGGUUAUAUCUUCAUCUACCAUGAGACGGUCAUAUCUUCUUCUACCAUGAGACGGUCAUAUCUUCUUUUACCAUGAGACGGUCAUAUCUUCUUCUACCAUGAGACGGUCAUAUCUUCUUCUACCAUGAGACGGUCAUAUCUUCUUCUACCAUGAGACGGUCAUAUCUUCUUCUACCAUGAGACGGUCAUAUCUUCUUCUACCAUGAGACGGUCAUAUCUUCUUCUACCAUGAGACGGUCAUAUCUUCUUCUACCAUGAGACGGUCAUAUCUUCAUCUACCAUGAGACGGUCAUAUCUUCAUCUACCAUGAGACGGUCAUAUCUUCUUCUACCAUGAGACGGUCAUAUCUUCUUCUACCAUGAGACGGUCAUAUCUUCUUCUACCAUUAGACGGUCAUAUCGUCAUCUACCAUGAGAGUGAGGGGGGAGUAGUCAGAUUAUUAAUACCACACCUCCUCUGAGGGGAAGAAGGUAUGGCAGCUCAGGUGAACACAGAGGAGGAAGAGGCAUAGAGAUCACGUCACUGUUCAGUUCUGUUCUUUUCUCGCCACAACAUGUUCUCCUUUUCCCUCACGGUAAAACACACAUUCCUGCAUUCUCCAGUAGCAGUCUUGAGAACACAGACGCUCACCACGCUAUAACACUCAAGCUCAAGGCUUCUCCAGAACCACCACACACACCACUAACCCCAGCUUCUCUCAAUGUCCCCCUCCUUCCAGGAGCAGUAACUGUGUGGGACCCUCUGCCCCGCCCCUCUCCGCCCUCAUCACGCCGGAACCCGUCCGUCACUCACGGAUCCCUGACCUCCCAUUGGACAGCAGCCUGCUGUUUGAGUUCCUGCUCUUCCUCUACCUGCUGGUGGCGCUGUUUGUUCAGUAUAUUAAUAUCUACAGGACCGUGUGGUGGUACCCUUACAGUCACCCUGCUGCCUCCACAUCUCUGGUGAGUAGUACACACACACACACACACACACACACACACACACACACACACACACACUCUCUCUCUCCUUCAGUCUAUUUAUUGUCUCUCCUCUCUGCAGAACUUCCAUCUUAUGGACUACCACCUGGCUGUCUUCAUCACAGUGAUGCUGGCCAGGAGACUGGUGUGGACCAUAGUGUCAGAGGUGUUUAUCAUACUCACUCUCUCUCUGUCUCUCUGUCUCUCUUUCUCUGUCUCUCCCUCUCUCUCUUCUAUCUCUUCUCGCUCUUUCGUUCUCUCUUUCUCUCUGUCUCGUUCUCUCUCGCUCUGUCUGUCUCUCUUCUUUCUCUCUCUCUCUCUCUCUCUCUCUCUCUCUGUGUCUCUGUCUCUGUCUCUCUCUCUCUCUACCUUCCACCUUCCUCAACUUUAGCUGCCUAUUUCUCAGCUGUUUCUGAACUCGUUGCAUCAUGUUUUGGGGUGUAUUAUUACUUGUGGGAGAGAACUUGUGUCUAGUUUUUAGGCUGACGCUGAUCCUCCUAGUUGCAUCGUUAGUAUUGUUUUGUCUGGACUCUGACCAGGGUGUUGUGUGUGUGUGUGUUUGACUGACUUGUGGUGGCUUUGUAUUGUAGUCUUGUUAUGUCUGAGUUAAGAGCUUAGUGUGUAGCAAUUUAUUGUGGUUGAUUGUGCUGUCUGUCGGUGGAGUGUGUUUGGUGUAACCUCUAACCUGUGGGUGUGUGUCUGUCUGUCUGUCUGUCGUUGUGUCCCUCCCCCCAGGCGUCUCAGACCAGUCCAUGUUCCUUGGUAUGGUACGUGGUCCUGAUCGCAGCACGGCUCAGCCUCCUCACUCUGUGUGGCUGGGUUCUCUGUUGGACCCUGGUCAACCUGUUCAAGAACCACUCGGUGCUCAACCUGCUCUUCCUUGGAUACCCGUGAGUGGCUCUGUUCAGAGACAGGAGUUACCAGAGGUUUCAGAGUAGUUCCUUUAUGACAGCAGCUCUAGAGUUGUUGUGACUAUAGCUCUGUAGAUGGUAGUCUAGUGGUUUUAUUCAGAGAUGGUGUCUAUGUGCUGGGAAGUAGCGUAGUGUAUUUUAUUGUUACCAGCCUUUAUUACCACAACGUCAUAUUUGACCAUUGUCUAGUUGAUCUCACUCCUGUUGUAACUUUCAUUUUCUUUCCCUUUCUAAUUUUACCUAAUUUCUCUCUCCCUCUUUCACUUCUCUCUCCCUCUUUCACGUCUCUCUCCCUCUUUCACGUCUCUCUCCUCUUCCUCCUCCCUUUCACUUCUCUCUCUUUCAGUUCUCUCCUCUUCUUCUCUCUCCCUCUUUCACGUCUCUCUCCCUCUUUCACGUCUCUCUCCCUCUUUCACGUCUCUCUCCCUCUUUCACGUCUCUCUCCCUCUUGCAUUUCUCUCUCCUUUCUCUCUCCUCUCUCUAUCUCAUCCCUGUCUCUCUGUCUGUCAGGUUUGGGGUGUAUGUUCCCAUGUGUUGCUUCCAUCAGGAGGGCAGGGCCCAGCCUGUGCCUUCAGACUGUGGUUACUCAGACCAGGACCUGUCCGAUGGGCCCUUCUUCAGGUAAACACACACACUCCCCUUCUUCAGGUAAACAAAUAAACAACAGACACACUCCCCUUCUUCAACGUUCUCUCCCCCAGCCAAACACACCCUUCUGGUCAGAGAGGGGGACAGAACAUUGACUCAACUGGCAAUAAAAGUUCCCUGCAAAGAGAGGAGUGUGGAUGGAGUCAGAGGUAGUCAGGACCUCUUAUUGAUUUCUUCUCUCUCACAGCCUGGGACAGAUACCUCUAUUUGAUUGUGUGAGUUUAGUCAAUGGUCUUUUUAGCCGACACCCCACCUAAAGGGUGUGCGUUUUUAAAGUACCGUAGAGAGUACACUGCAAUCUGAUAUUCCUGUCAUGUGACAUUUUGUCAAAUGCAAUAAUAGUGUAAUUAAAAAGAAUGAAACUGAAAAAGACAGAAGAAUACGUUGCUUACGUCUUACCCGUUAUAUUUCUGGGCCUGUGUUAAUAGUCAGAGUGCUGGGCCGGUAUCCAUAAAGUGUCUCACAGUGGAAAAUCGGUCUUAAGUGCUGAGAAUAGACAUCUCCUGCUCUUAUUGGUUAAAAAUAAAAACAAAAUAAAAACUCUGCAUGAAGCCUCUUAAGUCAUAAGAGUCCCACCUUGUCAACAGAUAUUUAGGACACCUCAUGAGUUGAAAGAAAUGGAUAAUAAGAAGAUUGUGGGAGCUGUACUGUUAGAUUUCAGUGCAGCCUUUGAUAUUAUUGACCAUAACUAGGGCUGUAGCGGUCACGUCAGCCGGUGUCAAGCAAAUAACUAUCGGUCUCACGGUAAUUGACCGUAAUUAACAUAAACACAUGUAGCAUCUCCUGGCUUCCACACAUAGCCUACAAGCCACUGAUGCAGACCUUUUGGGUCAUCUACGUUUUAAAAAGUCUAAUAAAUCCAUGUAAUAUAGCCUACACCUUCACAAUAAAUCCAUUAUUUAUUUUAGACAGGUCUAAAGAAACAUGAUAUGAAGAAAAUAUAGUCUAUUUCAGAAGAACAGAAUAGCAUACUUGUGAGUUUUCCAUGUUAGGUCCUGAUCUAUUUGCAUUUUUAUGGUGAAAAUGAUCUUCCCCAAACUUGAAACUCUCGCGCUGCAUACCAGUUAGGCUCUACACCCAUUGUAAAGUGAAUUAAUGUGCUUCGUUUUAAGAAGUUAUUUGGCCACUUUAGUUGUGAUACAAACCUUAUCAAAACAUAUAGGCCUAUGGGAUAGGCUACAUGAGGUGUGUGACUAUGAUUCGAAAAGUCACACACAAAAAAGGCAUUGUUUCUUGCCUUAAGCUGGGCAUCAUUCACAGGUGAUAAUAUAUAAUUCACAAGCGAUAGGCUAAUAUUGUCACCCAUCAGACUAUUCUUGAUUUAAUCUUGUCUUUACAUAUACUAAAUAAUAUAUGUGUGAAAUUAGUUUUGAUUUAGAAUGGACCAUUAUCAUUUCACCUGUCUCGAAACAGGGGCAGGGGAAAAAAUACAUGUAAUCUCUGCACUUAAAUAGCGAAUGGAGGACGCUUUUCCUGUGGUUCAUUUUCAUGCCAGCCAGGUAGGCUAUUCUCCUGUUGUAAAGAUUAGCAAUGUGCUUAAUAUUAGGAAAGUUGAGAAAUAAAUAUAGUAGGCCUAGCCUAUAGAGAGCUGAUGGGAUCCUCCUCUUUUUAAUAGAGGCCAUCACUCUGUUUUCUCGUGCAAUUGCAUAGCCUAUAGAAAUGUUGCGCAACCUGAGCUCAUGGGCUCUCAUGAAGUGUUUGAUUAGAUUUUCGAUUACAUUUGUAUUGAUGUCAGAGUGAUUAGAGGGACAAUAGUGCUGAGUACCAGUCAGUUAGCAAGUUUGGUAGGCUACUAAUGACCAUCAGCAGCAUCAGAGCUUGGAGAAGCCUAAUUACCGUGACUAAACGGUCACGUGGAAUUUGACUGCCUUCAUGACUCAUGACCGCCGGUGUGGCGGUAAUACAGUCACCGCAACAGCCCUAACCAUAACCUGUUGUUGAGAACUUAUGUGUUAUGGCUUUUCAACCUCUGCCAUAUCAUGGAUUCAGAGCUAUCUAUCUAAUAGAACUCAGAGGGUUUUCUUUAAUGGAAGCAUCUCUAAUGUCAAAUGUAAAGUGUGGUGUACUACAGGGCAGCUCUCUAGGCCCUCUACUCUUCUAUUCUACCAAUGACCUGCCCUGGCAUUAAACACAUUUUCAUUACUAGCAUUUCUCAGACCAAUGAGGGCCUCCACUGGCACUAGGGCGCACAAGCCAGCAUUUUUUUAUGUUGGGGGGGGGGGGGGUUAUUCUUAUAGGUGGCGUGACGCCGGGUUGGGGUGAUUCCACGGGGCCCACGAACAGUUUUACUACGAACUCGCUCUGGAUAGAGGCUAAAUGGACGUAAAGUUAAUAUGUGAAUGUAAAUUCAAACCAUAUACGCAUCAGCAACCACAGCUAAUGAAGUCACUGAAACCCUUAACAAAGAGUUGCAGUCAGUUUUGGAGUGGGUGGCCAGUAAUUAACUGAUCCUGAACAUCUCUAAAACUAAGAGCGUUGUAUUUGGUACAAAUCACUCCCUAAGUUCUAGACCUCAGCUGAAUCUGGUAAUGAAUGGUGUGGCUGUUGAACAAGUUGAGGAGACUAAAUUACUUGGUGUUACCUUAGAUUGUAAACUCAUGUUCAAAACAUAUUGAUUCAAUGGUUGUAAAGAUGGGGAGAGGUCUGUCUGUAAUAACUAGGUCUUUUUUGACACCACACUCCACAAAGCAAGUCAUGCAGGCUCUGGACAAUAAUCAAGAUAAAACUAGUCAUAUGGUCAAGUGCUGCAAAGAAAGACCUAGUUAAGCUGCAGCUGGCCCAGAACAGAGCGGCACGUCUUGCUCUUCAUUGUAAUCAGAGGGCUAAUAUAGAUACUAUGCAUGCCAGUCUCUCUUGGCUAAGAGUUGAGGAGAGACUGGCUGCAUCACUUCUUCUGUUUAUAAGAAACAUUUAAUGUGUUGGAAAUUCCAAAUUGGUUUGCAUAGUCAACUUACACACAGCACUGACACACACACUUACCCCACGAGACAUGCCACCAGGGGUCUUUUCACAGUCCCCAGGUCCAGAAAAAAUUCAAGGAAACGUACAGUAUUAUACAGAGCAAUAAAUAAAUAUGCCAUUUAGCAGACGCUUUUAUCCAAAGCGACUUACAGUCAUGUGUGCAUACAUUUUUACGUAUGGGUGGUCCCGGGGAUCGAACCCACUACCCUGGCGUUACAAGCGCCAUGCUCUACCAAUUGAGCUACAGAGGACCACAUUGAGCUACAGAGGACCACUGAGUGCAUGGAACUCCCUUCCGUCUUAUAUAGCGCAAGUGAACAGCAAACCUGGUUUCAAAAAACUAAUAAAGCAACACCUCACGGCACAACGCCUCUCCCCCAUGUGACCUACUUGUUGUGUGUAUGUACUGACAUGUAUGUGGAACUGAUAGAUGCGCACACACACACACACACUACAUGUUAAUGUUUUUAAAUGUAUGUAAAUUGUAAAGUAUUUAGUCUGUAAUGUCUUUUUCGUUAUGUGUCGGACCCCAGGAAGACUAGCUGUCACCAUUGACGUUGGCUGAUAGGGAUCCUAAUAAAUCAAAUAAUUUGCACCUUGGUUAAUGAGCGUCAUCACUGUCUUUCCUUUGCGGUACCUCAAACUGUCGUGAGAACCAGCUGAGAUAAACUCUCAUGAUUUUACUCCUGGCUCAGAGUUUGUCUUAACAUCAUCCUAAAACCUACUCUGAGCUGGGAGUUUUUAAAAAUCUUAAAACUGGUUUUAACAGGAUUCCUAGGACCUUUUCUGAGAUGCUUUGUGGACUGGGGCCUAGGGCGUGAUUCUUAAUAAUAAAGAGGAUUCAUGGGUAACUUAUUUUUACCCAUAAGAGUAGGAAGUAAACUGUCUAUUCUCAGCACUUACGACCAAUUUUCUACUCUGAGAUACUUGUGGAUACGGGGCCCUGGUCUCCCCUGUCCAUGUAGUCUUAUUCCAUUAUGAAAAAACUGAUCCUAGAUCAUCAUUCCUACUUCUCCCUUCUCCCUCCAGGCCCAAGGACUUCCUAGCGUUACUGAGGGAGAACCUGAGAGAGCAGUUUACCUCUCCAGGCCAAAUCCCCCACCACACCUGUCCCCAGCCCCCGUCUCCAGAACUCAUCCGCAGCGAGGUGGAGGAACUCCGGAGCGACUUCAACCGCCGCAUCAAGGAAGUCCUGUUCAACUCCCUGUUCAGCGCUUACUACGUAGCCUUCCUCCCUCUCUGCUUCGUCAAGGUACUAACCCUUACUACGUAGCCUUCCUCCCUCUCUGCUUCGUCAAGGUACUAACCCUAACCCUUAUUACGUAGCCUUCCUCUCUCCUGCUCGUCAAGGGUACUAACCCUUACUACGUAUCCUUCCUCCUCCUCUGCUUCUUCAAGAUACUAAACCGCUAACCCUACAGUAGCCUUCCAUCUCCUCUGCUUCGUCAAGGUAACUAACCCUUACUUAGUAGCCUUCCUCUCUCUGACCUUCUGUCAAGGUACUAACCCUAACCCUUAUUACGUAGCCUUCCCUCUCCUCUCUGCUUUCGUCAAAGGUAACCAACCCUUACUACGUAGCCCUCCUCUCCUCUGCGUCGUCAAGGGUAACAACCAUUACUAAGUAGCCUUCCUCUCUCUGCUUCGUCAAGGUACUAACCCUUACUAUGUAGCCUUCCUCCCUCUGCUUCGUCAAGGUACUAACCCUUACUACGUAGCCUUCCUCUCUGCUUCGUCAAGGUACUAACCCUUACUACGUAGCCUUCCUCCUCUCUGCUUCGUCAAGGUACUAACCCUUACUACGUAGCCUUCCUCUCUGCUUCGUCAAGGUACUAACCCUUACUACGUAGCACUUCCUCUCUCUGCUAGCUCUUCUCUGCUUCGUCAAGGUACUAACCCUUACUACGUAGCCUUCCUCUCUCUGCUUCGUCAAGGUACUAACCCUUACUACGUAGCCUUCCUCUCUGCUUCGUCAAGGUACUAACCCUUACUACGUAGCCUUCCUCCUCUGCUUCGUCAAUGGUACUAACCCUUACUACGUAGCCUUCCUCUCUCUCUGCUUCGUCAAGGUACUAACCCUUACUACGUAGCCUUCCUCACUCUUGCUCGUCAAGGUACAACCUUACUACGUAGGCCUUCCUCUCUCUGCUUCAAGGUACUAACCCUUACUACGUAGCCUUCCACUCUCUCUGCUUCGUCAAGGUACUAACCCUUACUACGUAGCCUUCCACUCUCUCUGCUUCGUCAAGGUACUAACCCUUACUACGUAGCCUUCCUCUCUCUGCUUCAUCAAGAUACUAACCCUUACUACGUAGCCUUCCUCUCUCUGCUUCGUCAAGGUACUAACCCUUACUACGUAGCCUUCCUCUCUCUGCUUCGUCAAGGUACUAACCCUUACUACGUAGCCUUCCUCUCUCUGCUUCAAGGUACUAACCCUAACCCUUACUACGUAGCCUUCUCUCUCUGCUUCGUCAAGGUACUAACCCUAACCCUUACUACGUAGCCUUCCUCUCUCUGCUUCGUCAAGGUACUAACCUUACUACAUAGCCUUCCUCUCUCUGCUUCGUCAAGGUACUAACUAACCCUUACUACGUAGCCUUCCUCUCUCUGCUUCGUCAAGGUACUAACCCUUACUACGUAGCCUUCUCUCUCUGCUUCGUCAAGGUACUAACCCUUACUACUAGCCUUCUCUCUCUGCUUCGUCAGGUACUAACCCUAACCUUACUACGUAGCCUUCCUCUCUCUGCUUCUCAAGGUCAAUCUCCUCUCCCAUUUCUCCCUUUCCCCUUAGCAGCGUCAGGAGUCUGCCUCCUCCCUCCCCUCCCUAUUAUCCAAGGACUGUCAACCCUCUGUACUCCCUCCCUCCCUAUUAUCCAAGGAACUGUCAACCCUCCUGGUACUCACCUCCCCUCCCUAUUAUCCAGGACUGUCAACCCUCCUGGUACUCACCUCCCCUCCCUAUUAUCCAAGGAACUGUCAACCCUCCUGGUACUCACCUCCCCUCCCUAUUAUCCAAGGAACUGUCAACCCUCCUGGUACUCACCUCCCCUCCCUAUUAUCCAAGGAACUGUCAACCCUCCUGGUACUCACCUCCCCCCUCCUAUUAUAAUAAUGUCAACCCUCCUGUUCUCACCUCCCCUCUCCCUAUUAUCAAGGACUGUCAACCCUCCUGGUACUCCACCUCCCCUCUCCCUAUUAUCCCAGGAACGUCCAACCCUCCUGGUACUCACCUCCCCUCCCUAUUAUCCAAGUAUCUGUCAACCCUCCUGGUACUCACCUCCCCUCCCUAUUAUCCAAGGAACUGUCAACCCUCCUGGUAGUCAUAUUCCCUCCCCUGGGUUUUGUGUGUUCACAGUUUCCUCCACCAGUCUCCAGGUAUCCUAGAUGCCGUCUCCUGCCGUUGUGUUAAGCAAGACCCUUGAACCCUAAAACGUCUUCUUCUCUCCCCCUACAGAGUACCCAGUACUAUGACAUGCGCUGGUCCUGUGAGCACCUGAUCAUGGUGUGGAUCAAUGCGUUUGUGAUGCUGAUGAGCCAGCUGUUACCUCCCAGCUACUGUGACCUGCUGCAUCGCUCUGCAGCCCAUCUGGGGCGCUGGCAGAAACUGGAGCACGGAUCCUACAGCAACGCCCCACAGCACCUGUAGGUAGUCCACACACACACACACACACACUUCUACAGCAACGCCCCACAGCACGUGUGUCACUAGGUAACCCAACCUUUCUCCUGGAGAGCUAGCCAUGUGCAGGCUUUUGUUCCAACACAUCUAAUUCUACUGAUCAACUGCUCUUCAGGACUCGACCAGGUGUGUUUAAAGCAGGGAUGGAGCAAAACCCUGCAUUUCGAGCGUGUCUCCAGGAAGAGGGUUUGCCACCCUGCUGUCCACCACACUCUGCUAUCUGGCCUUCUUCAAGGGAGGUUUUUAUGUGAUCUCUUGAGCAUCUGUUGUAGGAUGAAUCUCAACUUUGUGUUGUGUGUUGCAGGUGGUCUGAGAGUACAGUCUGGCCCCAGGGGGUGUUAGUACGCCACAGUCGUAGUCUAUACAAGGCUGUGGGACCCUACAACGUGGCCCUGCCGUCAGACGUCUCCCACGCUAGGUUUUACGUGAGUCACUGCCUUUCUCCAGCCCCUUUCAUGUCUUUAUAUCCUGCCUUGAGAUUUCACUGAUAUUUCAAUAGAAAUACGUGUUUCUAAAUAAAUACAUAUUUUGAUAUUUAUUUAUUGCGUUGUAGUUCCUUUUCCACAAGCCGCUGCGGAUCCUGAACCUGUUGAUCUGGAUCGAGUCUAGCGUGGUCCUGUACCAGCUGUACUCCCUGCUCCGCUCUGAAAGCUGGAACCACACCCUCUCCCUGGGCCUCAUCCUCUUCUGCAACUACUACGUCCUCUUCAAGCUGCUCCGGGACCGCAUCGUGCUGGGCAAGGCCUACUCCUACCCUCUGACCUCCAGUACAGGCUGCAGCACUACCAACAGCACCAACGGCAUGGGGCUGAAGUCCCAGUGACACCCCAGGAGACGGUUCUGGAGCUGGGGGAAGAGGGUUGGGAUACUCCCUAGCCUCCCUGGAGGGAUGGAGGGGAGAUGGGAUGGAAGGGGUGGAGGGGGGAGAUUGACUGUGAACUCAUAUUGUUUUGAUACGGUUCUAUUUUUCAUGCAAUGUUUAUACCUAUUUAAAUAAUAUUUUAUUUUGUAUACUGUUUCAAAAGUAACACAGGGCAUUACGGUAGUAUUGUCAUGUGAUGUUUGUUGCCUCGUGGUGCAAAGCGAUUGAAUGGGAGAGAGUGAGUUGUGUUCAUGAUGCCAUGAGGCCCAGCCCCCACGCUGUGCUAAGCUCCUCCUCCUAUGCUCGCCGCGUUCCGACUUCCACCAAAGAUGCUUAAAGAAGGCUUCAGAGCCAAUCAGAGGGAUAGACUUUGGCGCCGGCGGGCCAAUCAAGGAAGAGACUUUGGCUCGGUUGGCCAAUCAAGGAAGAGACUGAGGAGGAGUGCCCGCCUCUCCCUGCACACUGCCUCUGUAGAGGACGUAUUCAUCCUCUUACUGUAUUUUAUUAGGAUUCGUUUCGUAGCAAGACUGUCUGCAGUUUGACCAUGAGCGCUGACUCUGGUGCCUGUAGAACAUUGUGCGUCCCAAAUGGCAC